UAUAGUGAGACAGAGACAAAAGUGAAUCAUAACAGAAGUCGCUAAACUAAUCUGUAGUGCGAAAAUAAUCGAAAAAGUGUUAAUCAGUUGCCAUUUUAUCAUGAAUCCGUAAUUACAAAUCAAAGAACAAAGAAUUCGUCAUCCGUUCUACAGUAAGAAUGCAGUUUCCGUUCCCAUCGAUCGCAUAUUACCUGCGCUCUGCUCUGGUAUCGCUGAGUGUGAUCAGUUUGUGUGUCAAUGGAGGAGACAUAAUCGAUAUUACAGAUUCGGUUUUCGGAUCAAUGACCGACACUAUUCCCGCUGCGUACGGUGAUUUCAACUCGGAUGAGCUUUUCGAUGUAUUUGUCCUGCGGAACAACUUCCGAACGGUGCAGAUUCUUUUCGGAAGCGAUGACAAACCGUUGCUGCAGGAGGGACCGAAAUGCGAGUACAAAAAUUUUCAUAUCACCAGCGUGAUUCCGGGUGAUUUUGACGGUGAUGCUUACAUGGACGUGAUGAUCACGGUCAAGCGGGACGGGGAAAAUCAAGGAGUCUAUAUAAACUGGGGUGGUUCGGAGUAUAUGAACUGUUCUAAGGAGGACGAUGAGCCACUUAUUAUAAUGCGAGGGCAACCAUUGGCUCUAGAUUACGAUCAGGAUUUCAUAAUUGAUUUGUUUGGCAUGAGUACGAUAGGAGAGCGUAUGUUUUGGAUAUUCAAAAAACCAAAGGAUAGUCACCGUAAACCGCCGGAUGUAAUUCGAAUGGAUACAAGGUUUAGCGAGCAGCUAAAAGUUUUUCACUCUCACGCUAUCGUCGAUCUAGACAAGGACUUUACUGCGGAUUUGUUCCUUACGACUACGGGAGAUUAUGAAGUGUGGAAGGGUGUUGAACCAAACGGUGGAUUUGUGUUCAGUCAUAAAAUUAAAGCUGCUGUUGGAAACUAUGGGUCGCAUAUUGGCCAAUCGAUAUUUUUGGAUGUGGAAUUGGAUGGAAAUUUGCUACAGAUUGUGCCAGUAUGUUUCGAUAGCAAUUGUCAGAAUUCCAGUAUUCUUGUACAUCAUGGAAACCACUUCCAUGAUUUGCACAUCGACUUCAAAGACGACCAUAAUGACCUGUGGGGAUUCGUAGUUCCUAAUAUAUCAAAUUGGGCAACUCAAGUUAUAACUCUUCGUGGGGGUGACUUUAAUUUAGAUGGGUAUCCGGAUUUGCUAGCAACGCUAUCGAAACCAGCCGGUCAAAUGCAAACGUUUCUUUUGGAGAACGUUUUGUGCGAGAAGUUGGCCUGUAAUCACAUGAAGAGAACAUUUAUCGUUCGUUGGAAGGCUUUGGCACCGUUUUCAAACGGAACAAUUAUGGGCUCCUUUUAUGACUUUUAUAACGAUGGUAUUCUCGAUGCGAUUUUCGUUGAGAGAGCUGGUAAUACUACACGACCGGUGGCUUUCCGAAACUCGCUGGAUUACGAUGCUAACUUCGUCAAAGUGAUUGUCCUCACAGGACUCUCCAAUCGCACCGGACCAAAGAAAUUGACACCCUUAGGACGAAAGAAAAGAACCUAUGGAACGAAUCUACCCGGACCGCGCAUUGAAUACAACAUCACAACUCAGGACGGAGAUCCGCAACACGGCGCCUCCGCUCAGCUACCUCAAUCAGCCUACUUCUCACUGCAUCUCCCGUACACCACCUUUGGACUGGGCCGAACGCCAAAUUUCGUCGAUUCGCUUACAGUUGGACUAACGAACCAUUCCCGUACCUGGACGCAGCUUAUUCCCAACUCGCAGAUGAUUGUCGUUCCGUGGCCCAUAAUGGAACCGGACAAGUGGAAAGCGCAGCUCUUCGUCACACCCAGCAAACUGAUUCUGAAGAGUGUGGUUGCACUCGGCGGUAUCUGUUUGGUCAUACUGCUACUAAUUCUGGUACUAUAUGCUAAGGAAAAACGCGAGGACAAAAUUCAAAGGUCACUUGAGGCGCACCGGUUUCACUUUGAUGCGAUGUGAAAGUGAAAAGUCUAAAGGAGAUGAACAUCAACAACUAUAGGUGGUCAAUAUCAUGCGAUACGAUGUCUGAGUUAUUUUUAUUCUUAGUAUUAUUUAUGAGUGUGAUUUAGCCCUUUUUGAAUAGAUUAUUUUUACAGGGUAAUAUCGAAGACAUUUUUCAGCGCUACUGAUAAACUAACAAUAAAUGAAAAACUGUUGCAAAAUAUGGUUGAAAAUUAAGUAAAACCAUUACUUCGUGUGAAACCCUUUACCGACGAUGGUUAAUAGAUAUUUGUGCAUGAUUAAUUAGAUAGAGUUGGAUUUAGUUAGGAUGAUAGCAAUUAAUUGAACAAAUUCAAAAAAAUAUCAGAACGGUUCAAUCUCUCUGUUAGGUGAAACGGAGCGGUUUUUUGACUUCCUAUCCACAGAAUUUUUUUAUGAUAAUGCUUUCGAAGAAACCGACUCUGUGAUGAACAUGUUCUGAGAUAUUUGAGCAAUUAAUUUAACCCUUCGAUGUAUCUGAAAAUCGUAAUAAAAUUAUUAAUCUGUUUGUGAUUUAUUUAAA